GUGUGUUAUUAAAUAUUCUGUGGAAACAAUUGAAAUUGAUUGGCUUUUCUUCAAAGAUCAAUACAUAGACAUUGGCGGAUACUGUUAUCAUAUACAGAAAUUUACGGUUCACUGGUUCGGAGACAAUGUAUUAUGCAUAUCUGACUAAGUGAUGUGCUGUCAAUUUGAUUAUGAGGUAUUUUAAUGAGCCGGUAGAAGGAUUCGAGGAAUGGCGGCGUAAAGUUAGCUAUAUACAAAGAGAGAGAUAUUUAACGGAGAGAAAGACACACUUUAAUACUUAAAGAAAAUGGCUGGCCUUGUGCUGGUAAUGGGCAUGAUGUUGGCAGCUGGACUUCACAUGACAGAUUGUAUGGUAUACCACGUGACCUUUCUUGGUCGGAAUAGCAGUCAACCCAAAGUUGGAGAGCUACAUUACCAGGGUGCAACAGAUACGCCAACUGUAACAAACGAAGUCGGCUGCAUAUGGGAAGAGGAAGGUACUACUAACAUAAUGAAGUUAAUUCCGAAUGGAACUUGUCCUGGGCUUAUUCCAGAUUUAGUUGGCAUUUCCGCAGCUGGCUUCAAAGUAGAGUCGCCUGAUGACUUUAUUUUGCACGUGUAUCAAUCGGAUACAACAGGUACCCUCGAGGACGGUUUUCUUGCAAUUCCAGACGAGCACCUUGGUAGAGAGUAUUACGUCAUAACUUACUGUUCAUUAGGAGGUUUCUGUCAGUUUGCUGUGGUGGGAACUGUCGAUAAAACUUCGGUUAAUAUCGUGUUUCCUCGACCAGUUUCGCCAGCCGCACUUACUUGUAAUGGAGUACCACUUCCGGUCAACGCGCCGCCUGGCGAACCGAUACCAUUCAGUCUAAAUGAGAACGAGGUUUUGCAUAUUGAGAGUAGUGACAGUAAAACUGAUUUAUCAGGAACAUACAUAGCAUCGGACCACGAAGUAGCAGUUUUUGUUGGCGCACGAGACGUUCCUUCUGCUAGCGGAUCUGCAGCCUAUAUGAUUGAACAAAUCCCUCCAGUCAACAAAUGGGGAACAGACUUUGUUGUAGCCCCUAAUUAUCUAAACGAUGCGGGCGACAUCAUCAAAAUCGUGACUAAAAGUGAAGAAACAACCGUCCAUAUUCUCGGAUUUUCACCAUUUGAUAUUUCUGGUAAGGGAGAAUCAGUAGAGUGGCGAAUCGACUGGGAGAUGCACAGCAGUAUACAUGCAUCGAAACCAAUCCUUAUUGUCCAAGUCAUGUCUCUAAACAUCUACAAUGACACGACAAUAGUGACCGGAAGUCCAGCUAUGGUGCUGGUUCCCCAUAUUAUGCAGUGGACAGACAAAGAGGUGUAUUCUGACUGUUUACAAAAAGCCGAGAACCAGAGCGUUUUAAAUGUGGUAACAGAAACGGGUACUGAAACAUCACUUCUUUGGAACGUGCCGGCUAGUAGUCCUUGGAUAACUAUCGAAGGUUCCGAUUACAGCGUCCUAAAAAUCGGACUCGCGUCUCCUGAAAGUGUGGAAAGAGUGUCACACGGAGUAAAUCGCAGCUCCUAUGGAUAUUGCGAUGGAAAAUCGGCAGUACUUUUAGCUGCAAAAUGGGAUUGGGAAAAUGAGGAUUGUAUUCCCACUGCUCCUGUACCUGGCGACGGUGUGGACAAUGACUGCGAUGGUAAAAUAGACGAGGACACCUGUACACAAGAGGACAUUGCCAUUCAGUUCACUUCUACGCAAAACGCCAGUACAGGGGAGACAACUUUCAAAUCAAUAAAUGUCAAAGGAGCGUCACCCGUUGAUUUCAGAGUUACAAGUUGCGACAUUGUCGUGGUAUCGCUUCAGACUACAAGUGAGCCAAUCACAUCGUACACAGCUAUAAUAACGCCAACAAACGUAAUAUUUCAAGUGUGCACGCCAAAAUGUCAUGAGAAUGGAACACUUUCGAUAGCUGUUGCAAACUGUACUGCUGAACAAUCAUACAAAAUAACAUGGAGCACAACCAAUGGGGAUACUACGCACAGAUUUGAAACAGAGAGCGACGGAGACCAUUAUAUGGAAAUUCCCGGCAGGGAGAUCGAUUAUGAUGUGAUGUUUGUAACCGCUUUCUCACAGACUGCUCAGUUUGUCAUAGAGUUGCCGGAGAAGGAUUGCAACAAGAUAAAAAGUGGAGGUGGUUACGACAAUUUCGGGUUGGAGUUCGUGGUCCCAGUUGGUGCAAAUGAUCAAUUUUAUAGCAUAUUCCUCGUGAAUGCCAAUACCGCACCUGUUGUGGUUGACCUUCGUGGUGAUCAGACCGGUGUUGUUUCUAAAACAGUUGGUGCUUUACAAACAGAGAAUGCAAAGAAAACUGAUUUUGGUACUUCUUCUAUGGUCAAAAUUGAGGCUACAGAUGAAAUUUCAGUAUACGUGAUACGCACAACUGUUUCAAGCAAAACAGUGGGCCAUUCAGUACUUCCGGUGGACACACUUGGACCCAACUACCACGUGUUUUUAGACAAAAGUCUUGAGGGCCUCAGCACUCCCCUUUCUGAAACAGUUUGCAGUGGCUAUGCAAUUACUGAUAACACCGAAUCGAACGUUGGACCUGUACCUGUCGUUGUUGAUAUUACUAAAGAUAUGUAUAAUACAGCAUUGGGACAUCAAAAGUUGCUAACAGCUAAUCGUCCAAUAGCUGUGUUUUGUGGUGCAGACGAUAAUAGGGCGCAGAUGCCACCGCGUGAGACACUAGGUGAACUACACUAUAUUCCGCCAUUAGCAUUUGACAGCGCAGUUGAGGAAGCGGAAAUACGUCUAGUGGCAACUGAAGACAGUACCGUCGUUAUUAUAAGGGGAAACUAUGACAACCUAGAUACUGUCGAACUCACGGGAAAUACAUUCACCCGAGACGUAGUGCCGGAUAUGCUGUACAACAUCUCAUCAACGAAACCGAUACAAGUACAUCUACAAAUACGGUCGAAGGAUUUGAGCUGGGCUUCUGUUGUCGUCAUACCACCGGCAGAACAGUACAAGUCAAAACAUUUCUUUCCUGGAAAACUUGGCGAUCUGGGUUUACCCGUUCCCAUUCCACUUGAAAUUGCGUAUAGCUCGGCAGUAAAUGCAAAUGGUGAUUCAGUUACGAGCCAAGUCCAAGGAGGAACACUUGGUGACUUAGUUGUACAAACACUAACUUAUGCAGAAAACACGUUUUCUCUUACGUUAUUAAAAGCGACGUCGGGCAGCACAAAAUUUAUAGUUGCAAGUGAUGUUUUGUACAACGACAUAAACAAGGUUUGCGUGAGAACACCAGGAACACCAGGCGACGGAGAGGAUAACGACUGUGAUGGUCUGACUGAUGAAGAGCAAUGUACAGCUGAUAUCAUACCAGGAGAAAUAGAUGCUGAUAUUGAUGGAAGUUUCAACGAAGAUUGCGCUAAUGGAACAACUCCACCAAGUUCGUCAGCCAUAAAUCUCUCUCUAACUACAUCGACGAUAACCUGUCCAUCCAACACAGGUACCGGAACCGGAAGUGGAUCCGGAAGUAGUCCAGCUGACGGUGAAGAGAGCAGUAUCACUAUUGAUAAUGGUAUGGCGAAUGGUAUGAGCCCUCCAGCGUCACAUCCGAAUGCAAUAAUACCCCUUGGAUCUGCUCCAUCAUACCAACCUAUGGCAAAUGCUGGAGACAGUGUUGUAUUACCAGAAACGCCUACAACAACUGGAGCCCCUGGGGAGUCUGGUAUAGCGGCAGCUCCAGUAGAGACGUGUUCAACUGACUGUGUGUGUCCCUGUGGCUGGGUCAACCCGCCGAAAAACUACACAGCAGAGGAACUAAAGGCUGUUGUUAUCGAGAUUCAAGAAAAACUCAAAGUGACCAAAAACACGCUAAGCGCAGUGAUUCGCUCAAAAAGCAGCGCCAAAGACGGCAGAACAGAAGCCGCCGCCGUCGGGAUUGUUGGCGUGGUAUUCCUGGUAGCAAUGAUGUGUACCAUGGUCUUACUAGAUCUCACAACUCUAGCACGUGACAUCAGAAUGUUGAUGGGAAAUCUACGGCAGGUGUUCCAGCCCUGACGUCCGUCUUUCUGUCAAUACAAUCUGAACCUUACUUUACGGCGAUGUUAAUUUGAUAAUGCAAUAUUAGCUGAUUCAACUGAUUUAGUUUUGUGAUAUUUGUGAGUUUUGUUGUUGUUUUUUUUUCCAUGUUUUACAUUUUGAGACUAUUGAUAAAUUUGUCAAUAACGAGAUCUUAUUUUGUUGUGCUAUGAACUUAUAUUGUAAUGAUAUUGUAAAAUUGUUGUGUUUGUGGCAAUAUCGAACCCGAUAAAUGACUACCAAAGAAACGGGAAAGAGAAUGCUGAAUGUCUCGUUCAUACAUUUAUGUCGAAGUCAGAUAUACCUUAGCUCGGUUUCAAUCACAAAUUUGGUUUUCUGUUUGUUUUGAGCAACAUUUUAAAGUAAAAUUAUAAAGGCUCUAUUCGUCGUUUCUACUCUAUUUAAUACAUCAGAUAACCAACCCAAUAUACGUUUGUAUACAACCUGAACGAGUAUUUCCUUGUUUGCCAGUCUAAGGGGACGAUGUUUUAAAUAACCUUUUUACCAUUUUUAUUCAAUGACGCAUGGAAUAAUGGAAUGCUUUUAGUUUUGAUUGUAUACCUGUAACCCAUCAUUUCGGUAACCAGAAACUGUAUGAUUAGUCCUUUGUAACGUUCUUGAGCAAAACUAAUAUAAUAACUGUUAUUAUAAGUAAUUCGUUUUGAGCGUUCUUGGGCAAAACUGAUACGAUAAUUGUUAUUACGAUUGAUGGAAAAUUGAUAUAAUAAUUGUUACUAAUAACACGAUUAAUUCAUUUGGAACGGUCUUGAGCAAAGCCUAUGUCUUAAUUGUUAUUAUGAUUAAUUCAUUUGGAACGAUCUUGAGCAAAUCUGUUAUGGUAACUGUUUUUAUGAUUAAUUCAUUCGGAACGUUCUUGAGCAAAACAGAGACAUUGAUUAUUAUUAUGAUUAAUUCAUUUGGAACGAUCUUGAGUAAAACAGAGACAUUGAUUGUUAUUAUGAUUAAGUCAUUUGGAACGUUCUUGAGCAAGCCUAAUAUGAUAAUCUUUAUUAUAAUUAAUUCAUUCUCGACAUUCUUGAGAAGAAAAAAAUAAUAAUGAAAAUUAUUAUAAUAAUCAUGAGUGGUCAGCUGUUGAGUUGAGCUCAUGUACAUUUUUGGAUUAAAACUACUAAUAUUUUGAAAUGUAUUUUAAAGACGUAACGCUUAGUUUUGGUAUGUGUUUUUCAGUACUUCCGGUGAUCUAGUACACGAGUGCUUAAAGUAUAGCAAGUGUUUUAGUAUGAGUGUGGGAGUUUUGGUAAUAUUUUAGUAUGCAAGAGCUUUUUGCAUUGUAAGUGUUUGCAUUUAGUCUGCACGUACUUUGUGUUUACAUUUUAAUUUGUUGUUGUCACACUUUCGUCAACGUCAAUUUAACAAAAGUUUUUCUUGCCCAAAUGAGUCUCAUAAGCUGCAGAGCAAAAAUGUUUUUCAACCACAUACACAUAUUGAAAAAAAUUGUGUAAUUUAUAAUUUGCCUUUACAAAGCAGUUCCCAUAACGUUAACAAAAUCAUGUCAUUUUUAAAACAUAAAAUUUCAGUGAAAAUUUUGCAUAUUUAAGCUGGUUUCUCAUUUGUUACUUGGUCGAAUGUUUUUACAUUCUACACAAGUCUUUACCAUCAUAAAAUAACCCCAGAGAAGACUUCGUCACACUGGUUUUCAAUUAAACAAAAGUUCUAGAAAUUUUGGUGAACGUUACACACGUAUGCUGGUUUUAAGGUGUUGCAUAUUUCAUUACCUCUCAUGGAUAUAGUCAAUAAAUUCGAGUACUGGUUCGAGUCGUAAACUCGGCCAGGUCGAUCUGUAUGUACGUCGUAAAUAUUCGGCCACCCACUUUAAAGCUUUUUUUCGAGCCAGAUGCUUGAGAAUGCAUCUGUGUCAUCACAAGCACUUGCGUUAGCAACAAAGUCGGCAAAAAACAUUAAGUUGAGGUGAGUAGAAAAAAAGUUGUCCUUCCCUAAAGUUUGUGUACUCUAAAUAGCAAAUAUUUUGUCUCGCGGGUCUCGUGACGUCAUUUCACGCUCUCGUUUUAUGCUGAGGCCCGGCAAGGGUUAAUUCAAAUCUAAACUUUAUAACACAAAAAUAACAUGCGCUAACUAGCAUUAAACGCGUUAAAACCAAGAAAAUGAAUAUAUUGUCCCUCAACGUCAUUGAAUUUCAUUGGCUACGUUGUUUUUUCACGUUGACGUCAUUCCCUUAUGAAUUAUCCGUUUUGGGGCCGUAAUACGUUUAUGCUUUUCCACGGAACACGCAUAUAUAGAAAGGUGUUAUAAUAGCACGUCAGCGAGAGAUUCUCUUUACUCUCCUGUUGAAACACCCCCGAAAAGUGACAAGAACAGCAGUUUUAUGCUAGAAUGUGUGACAAACAGUGACGUAAAAAUUAAACUACGUCAUGCUGGUGUGAGAAGGAUGACAGACGCUUUUUAAAUUUCUGUUGACAGAUAUUUCCCACGAGCUAUGCUAUUGAAAAUUGAUUGCAGUUUGUUGAAAAAAGAACAAUUUUGGCUGUAGCAUCGAUUUAUUUCGAAGAAAAUGUUGAAAAUACAACCAACUUUAUGUUUAAAAAGUGGCCGAAUAUUUACAACCUCUAGAAGGUAAAAUGUGGAGGCUUAACCUGUCUAUUAUUUUAAGCGCGGUUGUAUUGUUUACCAUACCGUAAACGGUCGUUAAUGAUAACAAUCAAUGUUACUUGUAUCAAAGCACAUAUGGUAGAAAUUUUGUACAAAUCAAUUGUAAAACGAAAGAAAUAUUAAUGAAAACCCGCAAAAAGUGGCCGAAUUUACGACUCGAACCAGUAGGUUAUUAUUAGGCUCUGUAUGCUUCCAAAUUAUCUUUUAAUACAGACUGUGCAUUGUAUUUCAUAUUGUGAAAUAACUUAUCAGAACUAAGUUUCAUUUUCGGAUUUAUAUUAUAUGUUUUUACCAGAUUUUUAUACGGCCAUUUUCUUGAUAAGAAUGUCCGAAGGCACUUUACAUAGCGCAAAGGCUGCCGCUCAGAGCCCAGAGUUCAUCCUCUACUAUCACAGAUACUGGACGAUCUGACCAGAGGGACAGAGUGAGACAAAGAUCCCAAGAACAGAGAGAUAUAAAUCCUUUUAGAUACAGGUCUUUACGGCUAACUUAGCCUAGCUCGUUGCGAAUAGACAGUCUGGUUCUUUAAUGUUCCCGAUGUAAAGCAAUGAUACACGCGAAGCUCUCUUUCCUGGGAAGAACCGAUAUUUGCCUCUUGGUUUCCAAGUAAACAGGAUUUUUCCCAUUGGUAAAACUUUUGUAGGUUAAAAUGUUUACACAUCAACACUGUCCACAUAAUAAGCGAUUGAGGCAAAUGAGAGAAAUAAAAAUUCAAUUAUCACUUUAUGAAAUUUGUUUUACAAAUAACUUUAUUGCCCUUGAUAUGAAAAAAAAACACUAAUUAAAGAUGUUCUCCUCUGUUUUCUAAGCUUGCUUUUAGGUUUAGCUUGUUUUAGCUUGUUUGCUGUUGUCGUGUUAAGCGAUGUGUGGAGUCUACACUUUUUCUAUUUUUUAGGUGUUCUAACUAGUCUGCACUGUCAUCAAUCAAUCCCAGCACGUCAACAACUGUUUCAAACAAAAAAUCUCUUUAACAGCUGCCCAGGACGUCCGCUAAAUGUUUAUUUUAAGUGGAGCAUUUCUUCAUCAUUGUUGCGAUUAAAACGACAAGAAAAAUAUUUGACAUGAUUUCAUACAAUGAAUCAAGUUGAUUUUCUAUGAAACUGAUGAAUAAUUUAAGGCGUAAUAAAAGAUUAUAAAGUUUGGUAUGAAACAAUGUUAAUAUCUAAACCAGCACACAAAAUAGCUAUUGGUUAUGUCUCUGGCAAAGUCGCAUAUAAUUUUCAUUUUUGACUACACAUGCUUAUUUUGGUUUACAGAAUUGACCCAGCUUUUGGCAAAGGGACUGCAAAUUACUAAAAGUAAAUUGACUGGACCAACAUAUGUCCCGUAAUAGCCAUGACCGUGUUAAAUAUAACUAUGUUGAAAAAGAGGUUCACCAAAACCAAUUGCAUUCUGGAUCAAAGUAAACCUGCCUCUGAUUAUAUAGGUGAACAUCUCGUCUAUGCUAAUUCUUUGCACAAUUUUUCUUUAAAUAACUUACAAUUUGAACUAAUUGUAACGCUAUUUUGUCCUUUAUUUCAAGAUAUCAGGCAGUUUGCACAGUGUCUUGUGGUAAUUUCAAUUAAGUUCUUUCUUGUGUCUUUUAUUGUUAUCUCUGUGAAAUUAUGUGAUAAAGUUUUAACUCUGUGAUAUCAAAUAAUGUGACAAAUGUAAUUCGUAUAUCAUCAUCGACAGCAAAUAAACAUGCUUUUCCGUGCAGUACUAUCAAC